CUUCUCAGGUGAGUCUUCAUCCCUGUAUCAAUCUAGUCAUAUACAUGGUCCCGUGUGAAACUGCGCCACUUCGCAUUUACACAAGAGAAGGCCACAGAAUGAGAUCGCUGCAUAAUUUGGAAGGAUUUCUAUCUCCGCGAUGGGGUGCUGUUGUAAUUUCGAAUCCAGAAUCAGAAAUUUGUGCAGCAUUGAACGAAAAUGAGCUUGUUAAAUUCAACGUCAGUCCUGCAACAAUUAUGGGAGCAUUUUUGACGCAACUGAGGCGUCUAUUAGGCAUCCCAGAUCCAGAUGACAUCAUUCUAGGGGCUCAAGUGAUCCCUCUCGUUGACUCCAAACCGAGGCAAUGGGAGUUGGAUGCUCUUCUGCGUGUUCGUGCCAUUGAACAGCUCACGUCUGCAAAACUUACUCUGCAAUCUUUGGCACAGUUGCUAGAAGAAAUUAGUAAUAUUGUCAUUACAGAUACCGUUGCUAAUAGGAUAAAAAGUGUACUUGAACUCGUACAGCGAUCAGCAGAAAAAUUGGAACGAGGACAAUUGACUGAGGGAUUUCUGCUGAGCAAAAAAGCAUUUAUUACUGCCGAGGCCGCUUUUACGGACCCGUCUCUACUAGCACUUUUGUACUUUCCUGAAGACCAAAAGUAUGCCGUCUACAUUCCGUUGUUCCUACCUGUGAUGAUACCAGUACUCCUCUCAUUGAAGAAAAUUAAGCGAUACUACUUUCCCGGGAGUUUCUGGCGGACUGGUAUUAAUUUUUUUUCCAAUGUUUUCCAUUAAUCAAACGAAAUAUACGAAAGGAGAAACUGUUUUAGAUGAAAUAUAUUGUUUGUUUCUUGUAUUCUUAAUGAAUCAUUUGAAUGAAAAAAGAGGAUAAUAGAAUUUAUAAAAGCAAUUCGUUGAGUUCACUUUGCAUUAAGAAAAUUUGGUUGUGGAAAAACAUGCUAAUGAAGUUGCUACGACAACAAUCAUGAGCAAAACUGUUUGAAGCAUGGCUAGUAUUCGCUUUGCACAAUGCUAAGGUCUGUAAAUAUUGAAGGAUUCGGGGUUUUUCUUAAUCCAUCAUCUAUUUAUUGGGGAUUCUCACAUUUUUUUCAAUUGAACGUUUCGUUGGUACAAAAUGACGGAAAAAUUCAUAAAAAUUACUCAUAUUUUGAAUAUAAGAAACAAAAAAAUCAUUCAUUCACACUGACCGACAGUAUUUUAAGUGCUUACUCUCAUAUACUCUUUCAUCAUUUCAAUUCAUGAAUUACCAUUAGCGUGUUAAGAAACCAAUAAAAAACAUUUGUACAUUCGUAUUCCAAUCCAUCCGCAACCAGUUAUAAAGAAAAUCAUUACAA